UAACAACUGACUCAAGCGUGGCCCAAUUGAUCUUUGCUUGACGGCGGGUUUCGUGAUUAUCCACUCUUUCACUGAUCGAGUCUAGCUGCUGGACUUGCUGACUCUCUCUUCUCAUUCUCCCCUCUCCAACGCGGGGCUCUCUUCUUCAAAUUCCUCAAAACUGUCAUCAACAUCCACUUGACGAUUUUUUUGGAAUCAGUCUAUAUCUGUCCGCCUGCUCCCCCGCCGCGGCCUUCUUCUGCCCCUCAAUCAGUAGAGAAAAAAAAAAUUCCUUCCAUAACUACCGACCAUGGCCGCCUCUAAUCUUCCAUACAUGAAGACCGACCCCAAGAUCAUCUUCUUCACGGACUUCGACGGCACAAUCACUCUUGAAGACAGUAACGAUGCUAUGAUCGAUAACCUGGGUUAUGGGCGCGACAAGCGCCGCGAAGGGAACCUGGCGGUCCUCGAAGGCACAAUGAGCUUCCGUGACUCCUUCCGCGACAUGUUGGACAGUAUCAAGACCCCCUACAAUGAGUGUAUCGAGUACCUCAAGAAAAACAUGAAGCUCGACCCCUACUUCGUCGAGUUCUACCACUGGUCGCGGGAAAACAAUGUGCCGAUCGUUGUUUUGUCGUCCGGCAUGAUCCCCGUUAUCAGUGCCCUCUUCGAGGCAUUGCUGGGCGGCAAGCCGGACGACCAUCUCUACAUCGUUGCGAAUGAAGUUGAGAGCCGUGAUGGUAAGGACAUAAACAGCGAGGGUGGUUGGAAAAUCAAGUACCACGAUGAUAGCCAUUUUGGCCACGACAAGUCCUUGGAAAUCAAGCCUUACGCCGCGCUACCAGACAACGAGCGCCCGACCUUGCUGUACGCGGGAGAUGGAGUCUCUGAUCUGUCUGCCGCGGCAGAGACGGAUCUGCUGUUCGCUAAGAAGGGCAAAGAUCUCGUGACUUUCUGCGAGCGCCAAGGGGUCCCCUUCACUCUGUUCGAAAGCUGGGAGUCGAUUCUUGCGACGACUAAAGACAUCCUGGCGGGCAAGGUCUCUGUCAAGAAGGUUCGAGCGGGCGUGCAGCUCGCUAUUUUUGCGUCCUUCGUCACUCUCCUCGUUGUGGUCUUGGACAACCGAUUCCGCGUCCUCCCUGCCUCGAUCCAUGGCCACCUUCCGUCCCACUACAACGGCCUCGUCGUCACUGAUGUGACAGUUGUCACCUGUUCGUCCGUGAACGUCUUCUCCAGCUGCAAACCAAACCCACAGACGGCAUGGUCGCAGGUGGAAAAGGAUCUUUACCUCCGCACCGGUUGGACCUCGAGCGCUUUUGUCCGCUUCGAGCGCAAGAAAGAGGAGGAGCUCCUCGCCAGCGACCAAGUGGUCAUUGACCUCAAGAUUAGCCGGCUCGUCCCAGAAUACUCAGAUAAGCCCGAGGACGAAAAGGAGACGUGGGAACAAAGACCCGGAGGCAUCUGGCUGAAGCGGACAGCCAAGCGGCAUGCGAGUGACUCGCAGAAGGCGAUCACGGCCGUCGACGUCCUGUUCGGCGCGGAUGCCGUGGACCCUCGUAUUGGCUGGGAAGUGAAGGAUACCCCGCUGCUACUGGAUAGCCGGACGGAGGCCCUGGAGGCCCGGAUUAGCGUUCGGAGGGGCGAUCCCACCAAGACGAAGAAGCCAGUGCCUCGCAUCAAUGAGAACGGGCGGUUCAAGAUCAUGCAGCUCGCAGAUUUGCAUCUGAGUACGGGCCUCGGAGCGUGCCGAGACCCCGUGCCGGCGGAGUCGGUUGCGGGCCAGAAGUGCGAAGCUGAUCCCCGGACACUGGAAUUUGUGGAGCGGCUCUUGGACGAAGAGCAGCCGGACAUGGUCGUUCUGAGCGGAGAUCAGGUCAACGGCGAGACGGCCAAAGAUGCGCAGAGCGCGCUCUUCAAGUCCGUGAAGUUGCUGGUCGAUCGCAAAAUCCCCUACGCGGCUAUUUUCGGCAACCAUGACGAUGAGGGAGACCUUUCCCGACUGGAAUUGAUGACGAUAUUGGAGGACCUGCCAUACUCGCUCUCGAUGGCGGGGCCUGAGGAAGUGGACGGCGUUGGAAAUUAUUAUGUGGAGGUCCUGGGCCGCGGAAGCACUCAGCACUCAGCUCUGACUCUAUACUUGCUGGAUAGCCACUCCUACUCCCCUGAUGAGCGUCAGUUCCGCGGCUACGAUUGGAUCAAACCAACUCAAAUCCAUUGGUUCAAGAACACUGCUCACAGCUUGCGGAGCAAGCACCACGAAUACACUCACAUGCACAUGAAUAUGGCUUUCAUCCACAUUCCCGUGCCUGAGUAUCGCGACUCCCGCAACUACUACCGGGGAAAUUGGUCCGAGGCUCCAACAGCUCCGGGCUUUAAUUCGGGGUUCAAGGACGCCAUGGAGGAAGAGGGCAUUUUAUUCGUAAGCUGUGGACAUGACCACGUCAACGACUACUGCAUGUUGAACCGUGAUCACGAAGAAAAGCCAUCCCUCUGGAUGUGCUAUGGAGGUGGAGUCGGGUUUGGCGGUUAUGGAGGCUAUGGAGGCUACGUGCGACGGGUGCGGUUCUAUGACUUCGACAUGAACCCCGGUCGUGUCAUGACCUACAAGCGGCUUGAGCAUGGCGAGACUGAAGCCCGCAUCGACGAGAUGAUGAUUAUUGAUGGAGGUACGGUCAAGGGACCGGAUCCAGAGCUUUAAGAUACCGACUUUUUCCCAAUAAGAGGCUUCUUUUCUCUUCUUUUUUUCGUUUCCCUUUGACACAGAGCUCCAUCGCUCCACGGCUCGGUUUUUAUCUUCGAUGACAAACCGGAGUAAACUUUGACUUGACCUUUUGUUCUGUAUUAUACCUACUAUACCUACGAGUGAGCUCGGAACCGGCAUCUGCGGGCAUUGGCAAAAAAGGGGAGGGGGGGGGUUGUUUUGCAGGGUUACCCUCCAAAAGAUUGAUUUGCUAUUUGAAUGCACUAUCGUUGUUUAUCAAUUUUUCUACUUGACUACUGUAGUUUCUUUCUUACUUUUCUACCAACCAAUUUUAACUAUGGC